CAUGACGGAUUUCAGAAGAAAAUAAUACAAAAGGAGGAUGAUGAAGAUGAUGAUGAUUUCUUCUGUGAAGUCACUUUAAUCCCUCCAGAACUUGUUGCUUCUGUGGAACUGCUCUUCUCAGAGGACCAACAGUGUGGAGGUUUCCAGAUGAAGCCUGUGAAGAAGGAAGAACCUGAAGAUACAGAUGAACCCAAACUGAACAAGGAUUUCUCCUGCUCCUCGUGUCCACGUUCCUCUACAACCCAAAAUCAGCUCCAUAAUCACAUCAAGAGCUGCAACCGUGUUAAAUAUGAGAGUCUGGUGAAGAUUAAGACUGAACAUGAGGAUCUGACGCCCACCAGAAGCUCCAGUAAUCAGCAAACGUCCUCUGGUACUGUCAGCAUUAACACGUCUCUCAGUCACACACAGAGAGAAGGAAACGUCUGCUCACAGUGUGGGAAGAGCUUCAGUACCCGGGGUACUCUCAAAAUACACCAGCGCAUUCACACUGGAGAGAAACCAUAUCAGUGCUCACAGUGUGGGAAGAAUUUUAAUCAACAGAGUCAUUUUAAAAGACACCAGCGCAUUCACACUAGAGAAAAACCAUAUCAGUGCUUACAGUGUGAGAAGAGUUUUAAUCAACAGAGUAAUCUCAAAAUACACCAGCACAUUCACACUGAAGAGAAACCGUAUCAGUGCUCACAGUGUGAGAAGAGUUUUAAUCAACAGAGUAAUCUCAAAAUACACCAGCGCAUUCACACUGGAGAGAAACCAUAUCAGUGCUCACAGUGUGGAAAGAGUUUUAAUCAUCAGAGUACUCUCAAAAGACACCAGCGCAUUCACACUGGAGAGAAACCAUAUCAGUGCUCACAGUGUGAGAAGAGUUUCAAUGGACAGAGUACUCUCAAAAGACACCAGCGCAUUCACACUGGAGAGAAAUCAUAUCAGUGCUCACAGUGUGGAAAGAGUUUUAAUCAUCAGAGUACUCUCAAAAGACACCAGCGCAUUCACACUGGAGAGAAACCAUAUCAGUGCUUACAGUGUGGGAAGAGUUUUAAUGAACAGAGUCAUUUUAAAAGACACCAGCGCAUUCACACUGGAGAAAAACCGUAUCAGUGCUCACAGUGUGUGAAAAGUUUUAAUACACAGAGUGAUCUCAAAAUACACCAGCGCAUUCACACUGAAGAGAAACCGUAUCAGUGCUCACAGUGUGAAAAGAGUUUCAAUGGACAGAGUGAUCUGAAAAGACACCAGCGCAUUCACAUUGGAGAGAAACCAUAUCAGUGCUCACAGUGUGGAAGGAGUUUUAAUCAUCAGAGUACUCUCAAAAGACACCAGCGCAUUCACACUGGAGAGAAACCAUAUCAGUGCUUACAGUGUGGGAAGAGUUUCAAUGGACAGAGUACUCUCAAAAGACACCAGCGCAUUCACACUGGAGAGAAAUCAUAUCAGUGCUCACAGUGUGGAAAGAGUUUUAAUCAUCAGAGUACUCUCAAAAGACACCAGCGCAUUCACACUGGAGAGAAACCAUAUCAGUGCUUACAGUGUGGGAAGAGUUUUAAUGAACAGAGUCAUUUUAAAAGACACCAGCGCAUUCACACUGGAGAGAAACCAUAUCAGUGCUUACAGUGUGGGAAGAGUUUUAAUCAACUGAGUCAUUUUAAAAGACACCAGCGCAUUCACACUGGAGAAAAACCGUAUCAGUGCUCACAGUGUGUGAAAAGUUUUAAUACACAGAGUGAUCUCAAAAUACACCAGCGCAUUCACACUGAAGAGAAACCGUAUCAGUGCUCACAGUGUGAAAAGAGUUUCAAUGGACAGAGUGAUCUGAAAAGACACCAGCGCAUUCACAUUGGAGAGAAACCAUAUCAGUGCUCACAGUGUGGAAGGAGUUUUAAUCAUCAGAGUACUCUCAAAAGACACCAGCGCAUUCACACUGGAGAGAAACCAUAGCAUUGCUCUUAGUGUGGGAAGAGUUUUAUUACACAAAAUAAUCUUAAAACGUAUCUGAUUGUAAAAGUGAACUUUUAAUAUCACUAACAUAAUAACAGAACAAAAUCUAAAUACUGAUUAUAUAGAUUAAACAGCUUUAAUACACAGAAAUCAAUACAUGUGAUUUAAACAUGCAGUACAAAUGUUCUUUAGUUUUGUGUUCAGGAUAUUGGUAUAACAUCAUUCUUAACACUAUAUCUCCAACACAGUAUUAAAAUAGAAAUAAUACAUAACUGGUAGACUUACCCGGACAGUCUGUCUGAGGAUUUUAUUCAUAGACAUUACAACAUGUUGGAUUGUCUUUGCUAGAAUUCACUUAGCUUAGUUCUUUUCCUAAUUGGAUAGAUCUGAGAUAAAGCAGACCCUAGGUAGGAGGGAGUUCUUUAAAUGCAUGAAGGCCUCAUCAUGAAAUUAUACAGAUAAAGAGAGAAAAAUAAAGAAUAAUUCAUGGAAUAGUCCAGUGGUUCUCAAACUGUGGUACGCGUACCACUGGUGGUACGUGAAGCAGCACGAGGCGGUACGCCAGAUAAUCUCAGAAAAGUAAUUACAUGCACCGAAAAAAUAAAUCAUUUAAUAAUUAUAAAUAAAAAAAUAUGAAACAAAAUGUGUAAAUUACUAAUAAAAUCUGUUUCAAAGUUCUUAUAAUUCUAUUUGAAUAAAAUCAGUU